AUGCACGGUACCAAUGUCUAUUGUCUACAAGACGAUGAUGGUGAUGAUAAUGGCGGCCAGCUUCGAGGGCCAACGGUCAUAAGCCACGUGAGUACCCUUCGGCCAAACAAACAAACGGUCAGCAAUUUCGAGCGAGCUGAUCAAGCGGCUGAAAAUGGUUACCUUCUGCCGGUUGAAGUCUUGCGAGCAAUCUAUACAGACGGAUCGAAAAGAGACUUGAAAUGCGGCUAUGGAAUAGUGAGUGAUGAUUUCGUAUUCCGGAAGCGUAUGAACAACAUAAGCAGUAUUUUCGCAGCAGAAAGCGAAGCAAUUAAACAAGCGCUGAUUUGGAUAGUUGACCAGCGAGAACCUCGAGCAUAUCUUAUAUGUACCGAUUCCAUGAGUGCUGUAACAAACCUCGAAAAAUGCAAAUUAAACUCCAAAUGGAAGGACUCUGUACAAACCCUGUUCAAUGAGAUCGUCGAGAUGGGAUCAGAAAUAGUCAUUUUCUGGGUCCCCAGCCAUAUAGGGAUUCCGGGAAAUGAGAGAGCAGACAUCGAGGCAAAAAAGGCUUUGGAAUUGCCAGAGGAUGAAAACCAGAUUAUUGACAUCAAGGAAAUACGGAAAAUCGUUAAGGCACACUUCACGAACCGAUGGCAGAUGCAGUGGCAUUCAAACCUAAACAACAAAUUGCGUGAAGUGAAAAACACUGUUCUCCCAUUCAAAGCUGCACUAUUGGGAAAUCGACGGGAUGACGUGAUCCUAGCACGUUUACGCAUCGGACAUACACUGCUUACACAUUCCUACCUUCUGGACAGAGUUGAUCGCCCAUUAUGUCCUAGAUGCAACGAAGUAUUAACUGUGAAACAUAUCAUCGCAAUGUGCCCACAAUUGGAAGAGGAACGGAUCAAUCACGGAGUGCCGAGUAAUCUUCGAGAGGCAUUAGCAGACGAUAAAGAAAGAGCAACAAAAGUGAUAGAAUAUUUAAAAUCAAUCCAAUUGUACGAUAAAAUUUAA